AUCGCGCCACGCCUCCUACUCUCCUUCGAAUACCCGUUACCAACGUCGCCCGUACGCCCCUUCACCGCGUUCGCUUCCACUAGUCGCGCUUACAUCCGGACGCGACCUUGUUGCCCCGCGCCGAUCCCAACACACAGCCGUCAUACCAUCAGCCUGAUCGCUAUCCGCAAGCGCAAGCGCGACAACAUCUCGAGUUUUCGUACGAAGAACAGGAGGAUCUUACUUUUAGUGCGACUCGCGAACGAGUACCGAUCCUUUAGCGAAGGCAUCUACCGUUUCGCGCCUAUCCCCGACUUCAUUUCAAUAAAUCGUAACACCUUCGUCAUGGCAAUGGAUGCGAAAGAGAUUGAGCUUCGCGGAAAGGCAAUCGGCAAAGCCGUCUCAGAAGGCGAACCCAGCACUUCUAUUCUGAAGUUGCUAAACGACCUCAAGACUGGUGUCCAUGCCACUGAGGACCUCUUGCGCUCAACAAGGAUUGGUGUCACCAUCAACCGUCUGCGUACACACAAGGACCCCGCUGUGCAAAAAUUGGCAACGGAGCUGGUAGCAAAGUGGAGGGAUGAGGUCAAGAAGAAGCAACCGCCCAAGAAGGACGGCCCAGCCAAAGUAGCCACAAGCAACGGUUCGGCAUCUUCACCCGCUCCUCCACCAUCAGGCACUGCUUCCCCAGCGCCCAGUCAAUCCAAGAAGAAGCAUGACGUGCCUUCUGAUAAGCGCAACCACAAAACAGAUAAGGUCAAGUACCAAGUCACUGGAAACGAGGCUCGCGACAACUGCGUGAGGUUGAUGUAUGACGGUUUAGCUUUUAUGAGUGAAGCAAUGCCCGAUGAAAUCCUCAACAUUGCCAAGCACGUUGAAGCCGCAGCUUAUAGCAACGCUGGUAGCGUGAACGAUGCCUACAAGGGAAAGAUGCGCUCGCUUUUCCAGAACCUCAAGAACAAGUCAAAUCCCCAACUCCGUAAACGAGUUCUCACUGGAGAAAUCACUGCCAAGAGGUUUGUUGUCAUGACGCAUGACGAAAUGAAGUCGGACGCGCGACGAGCCGAGGACGAAAAGCUUGAGAAGGAGAACAUGAACCAGGCCAUGGUCGCCCAGGUCGAGAAGGCCAUAUCAAAGGAGUUCCAGUGCGGAAAAUGCAAGCAGAAGAAGGUCAGCUACAGCCAGGCGCAAACCAGGUCUGCUGAUGAACCUAUGACAACUUUUUGCGAGUGCAUGAACUGUGGCAACAGGUGGAAGUUCUCCUAAGGAGGGCAUGCGGCUGAGCGAACACGUGUGGGCGGCGUGUGGUGUGUACGAGUAUGUAUGGUUGCCUUAUUCCCAAAAUCGUAGUAGCAGGCGUUUCCAUAAAGGGCCAGUCACAGAGAGACCGCAGGAGAUGGUAAGGCCUCUGCGGGUCUCGAUUUUUUCUCUCUGACAUGUCCUGCAAAGUGCAACCAACAUGUUUACUUUAUUAUUUUUCUUCUGACCUCUCUGGUUGGCACUGGUUCGUAAAAGGUCGUGUAUCCAAUCUACAAUAUUUGAAUCACUCAACUUUUCAACGGAGACCUGUGGUCCUUGUUUUUCCAAUCAGCCUUUCGAGCUUUAGGGG